UCAUUAUUGACUUGCUUAUUGAUUGUCCCUUUGGGAUAAAUUUCUCUCGACGUAUCUCUUUUAUCAUCGAAAGGUUUGUGAUCCAUCCUACUCCUGUUUUCCCCUGUUUUGCUGGCCUCCCUCGCUUUCUUAUUUGUUUCCUACUGCGGAGUACGCCGUACAAAACAAACUACCUUCACUACGUACUACUACUCUCCCCGCCGCCUCCUCCUCGGCUCCUUGUGGCUUCUUCUCCGGAGUUUCGUUGAAUUUAUCCUCCGUUUUGCACAAGCCAACCGACUGUUUACUAAAAUUGACAUCCCUCUGAAGUGACUAUUCCGUCCUCUUCCACCGGUUCAUUCUCCCGCCAUGGCGCAGAUUCGCGGCACUGCGGGUUACAACCUCGGUCACCAGAACCCCUUCGGAGGACCUGGACGAGCAGACGCGACUAGCGACCCGAGUCCCUUGGACGCUAUUCGAGAACAGACAAGCAAGAUCGAAGACUGGCUGGACACAAUCUCGGAUCCUGUAAAGCCCUAUCUUCCUGCCAUUGGCCGUUUCCUUAUCGUGGUCACCUUCAUCGAGGACAGCUUACGUAUUAUCACACAAUGGAGCGACCAGCUCGUAUACCUCCGUGAAUACCGGAAAAUUCCCUGGGGUAUCACGCACACUUUCCUCAUCCUUAACGUCGUUGCAAUGUCCGUAUGCUCGUUCCUGGUCAUCACCCGCCGCCACACUGAGAUCGCCGUCGCCGGCCUGCUCGGGGUUGUCGUCACACAAGGUCUUGGUUAUGGUCUCAUCUUUGAUCUCAACUUCUUCCUGCGCAAUCUCAGCGUCGUCGGCGGUCUGCUCAUGGUUCUCUCCGACUCGUGGGUUCGCAAGAAGUUCGUCCCUGCCGGAUUGCCCCAAUUGGAUGAAAAGGACCGCAAGAUGUACGUCCAGUUUGCUGGCCGCGUGCUCCUCAUUUUCCUCUUCGUUGGCUUCGUCUUCUCCGGCCAGUGGAGCUUGUGGCGCGUGCUGGUCAGCCUGUUCGGUUUCGUCGCGUGUGUCAUGGUCAUCGUCGGUUUCAAGGCCAAGUGGAGCGCCAUCAUUCUCGUCGUUUUGUUGAGUGUCUUCAACGUACUCGUCAAUAACUUCUGGACUCUGCACCCCCACCACCCCCACAAGGACUUUGCCAAGUACGACUUCUUCCAGAUUCUAUCCAUUGUCGGUGGUCUCCUUCUCCUGGUCAACAUGGGUCCCGGCCAACUGAGCAUGGACGAGAAGAAGAAGGUCUACUAGAAGUAGCAGGUUAUAUUCCACUCAAGGACAACAAUCUCCCACAAAAAACUUUGACGUUCAGCAUUGUCUUGCGAACGCGCACACAUGUCCCUGAAGAAUCUGUUUCACACAAGACCUUCCCCCUUUUCCAUCCACCUCUACCUCAAAACUCAUAUCUUUGGACUGGAACUCAGCCAGCGCAGCUUCUUCGUCCUGUCAUCAUCAAGAGGAGUUCGACGCGUUUUGACCUAAAUCGAUUUUGAAUUCUCUGUUGGCUAGUUUUGUCUUACCUUGCUUGACCUUAUCGUCUCAGAUGAGAAAUAAGAGUACCUUCAUUUCUCUGUUCUUUUCACUAGAAAGGACUAUACUCUACCGGACUAUCUAGAGGGAACUGCUCAAUAAUUGCGCUUAGGUUCUUGUGUCUAUCCCCUGCAGGAUG